CCGAUUAUAAGCAUUGUCAGUAAUAUUGAAAAAUAGUUUUUUUAUUUAUUAAAAAGGGUUUCUAAAGCGUAAAAAACAUCAAUUUGUAGUUAGCAACUCAGUAGUUAAAGCAUAAUUUAAUACACCUCAAUAAACUUAAUGUUUCAAAUGAAUAAUUAAAUAAUAGCAGCAUAGCUAGCAAUCUUGAUCAAAAAAUGAAAAAAAAAAUGCUUAAAAAGGAAAACGCAGGACUGUACCAUUUUAGUCUAAGAUAGUUCCCUUCGACCGGACGAACAUGGACAAACCUGAAGAUGGAGAGUUACAAGAAUCCAUUGGCGGAAAUUUGAUUGUAAAGCUAAGAAGGCUACAAAAAGGUAACCAGACUUUAGAAGGAGAAAUCAAAGAGCUCAAACAAACAAGUGACUCGCUGCAAAACGACCUUGAAGCUUUACAUUCUCAGAGCUACCAGUUGGAGAAAGUCUAUAAAGAAAAAGAAGUAGAACUGUGUAGGAAAGUACAGUUCCAGUGUGACAAAUCAGAGCAAGACUUUGAGAGAGAGUUGAAGGAUCACAAAAUGAGAAAGGACCUGCUGGAACAAAACACAUGUGAAAUCCAAGAAUUCAAGCUGAAGCAUAGAAAGCUGCGGAUGAGAUUUGAAAAUCAGCUUCAGCACCUCAUGGAGAAGCACAAGAAACUGCACUGUGUCUUUGCCCCGGAAAGGCUCCCAGAUGAAUUGGAGAGAGCUGAAAAUAAAAAAACUCAGCUGUUGUCUGUCGAACAACUGAAGUUGGCUCAGCUGCAGAAGCUCGAAGAGGAAAUUGAAGCGGCGAAGAAAAAGAAGCAGCUGGAGACGGAGACUGCUCAGUAUCAAGACAAGUAAACAAGUCAAUUUCACUGACAGAUUCCAAGGUAUUAUUGUUCAGCUUGGAAAAAAAUGAGAUAGUUGUAAUUUAAAAUCCAUACUCCUAAUACUACUAAAAAAUAUGUUCAUUCAGUACAUUUUCCAGUCAUUUGUGGCCUCUCGUUACUUGUUCUGUGAAGUUAUGAGUCAUUAGUCAGUGUGUUAUUCUAGUUAAUGCAUUUGAUUUACCCAUUAAACCAAUAAUAACUCA